GUUUUCAGUUUCACAAUUUUUGUAAUAAUUCUUACUGGUUCAAAAUUCUCAAAGAAAACCAUUUUGCUCCUAAUAUGUUCUGAAAAAAUAUGUUGUUAGAAACUUUUUCUUUACGCCUUCUUGUACAUUAGUGGCAUUAAGGUAUUUUCCUCGGCAUGGUUAAGAUAGAGAACCUUGGUAGUGAUCACAUAAGUAAAAAAAUGAAACUUGACUGUAAAUGGGGAAAUGAAAGGAAUUUGUGCUUUCAGAAGAAUGGAAAGAUAUGAUGUUAUAAUAGUUGGUGGAGGUAUAUCAGGGUUGGUUGCGGCUAGAACACUGGUCCAACACGACCCUGGGAUAUCAGUUGCUCUCCUGGAAGGAAAAUCUAGUCUGGGAGGAAGGAUUGAAUCCCUUCCAGUUCAGGUUGAAGACAAAUCCAUAGAGGUUGAGUUUGGAGCAGAACGGAUUGUUACGUCACAACAGUAUAUCUCCGGUUUGCUCCGGGACCUGGAGAUUAAAACCAACCCUGCCCAAACCAGUCUAGGACGACACACGAUACAACUACGGAACAAAAUCGUCAGAAAUAAGAGCUGCAGUUUUUCCUGGUUUCAUACUUUGGAAUUACAGAAAGUUCUCCGAACCUUGGAAAUAAUGUGCUCGAAGGUUUGCUUGUUGGAUCCCUAUGGAGGACGGGGAGGAUAUACUUGGGAUAAUAUUACUUUCAGCUCUUGGAUUGAAGAGAACUGCUGGCAGCAGUCUGUCAAGGAACAUAUUGGAUCCCUAGUGAGAGCAGUACUAGGAGUAGAACCUGGACAAGUUUCUCUUCUCUUCCUUCUCCUUGUGGCAGGAUCUAGUGGUGGAGUUAUCUCACUCUUUUUCUCUCACAAGGUGCUGGUGGAAGGAGGAACAGGAGGAAUUAUUUCAAGGUUGGAGAAAGAAUUGGAAAAUAAAAUAUAUAUGUUUACAAGUAAACGAGUUAAAUCAGUUGAACAAUCCGACUCCGGGGUUCUGGUGAGUACAGAAGGUUUGGAUACAUUCAGAGCGGAAAAACUAAUAAUUUGUAUUCCUCCGUCUCAGCAAGGAAGGAUAUCAUGGAAACCGGAGUUAUCUCCACUCAAAUCCUUUGUACAGAAUUCAACCCCGAUGGGACAUUUUAUUCGGUUUGUUAUUCCGUUCUCCCGAGCACACUGGGAACCCCUGGGGUUGGCUGGAACUGUGUUCUCUAGUGGAGGUAAACCCAGAGCAGGGUGUGAGACUGGUCCAGUUACUCUAGUCUUCCCUCAUAUCUCCGGGUCCGGUUCAACACUCUCAGGAUGUGUCGGAGGAAAACCAGCGGUUCAAUGGGAGACUAGAUCUGAGGAAAUGACGAAGGACGCGAUCAUUGAGAAUCUAUCAGAGCUACUUGGCUCAUGGGUUCAUAAAAACAAGGGUGUGUAUAUCAAGACCUGGAGAGGAAACGGAGUAAGUUUUGCUCCGCCUGGAAUAAUGCACGCCUGGCCUGCAGUACGGAUACAGGAGGGAAAUCUUCAUUUCGGAGGAACUGCUGCAGCCACCAGCUGGAUAGGUUCUCUAGAGGGAGGAGUUCAGUCUGGUCUGAGAACUGGGUUAGAGGUUCUUAGAUCCAUCCGUCCUCAGAGUUUAACCGCAGAGGAUUUACAGUUUUUGAAUGAGUUUAGUCUGGAUAACCUGGAUACUAAGUCUGCUCCGACACAACAUGUUUAUCGUUGGACACUUUUCCUUCCUCUCACGUACCUUGUUCUCAUGUACGCAGCUAUUAGUAUGAGAAAUAAAUACUCAGGACUCUUGAUCCCGUUCCAUUAAACUUAUUUUCAAAUACAAGAAACUGGGAACUGGAGCAUCCUAUUAUACGCGAUCUAUUGGUCUAAACUUAUGAUAUGAUUAAUAAGAGAUACAGCGCGUCCAGCACAAGUAAUCCUAAGAAGAGGAUGGAUAUGACCAACGGAAUAUUUGAUUUGGGAUCUUCAUUAGUACUUAGUUAAUACUGUAUACAAUAAUCUUUAUCUAUCAAUAUUUACAAAUUGUAAUGUUUAGUAAAACACUGUUAAAAGUUCCCAGAUUUAUAAAGUUAAACAGUAACAGA